AUGGCGAGGGCACGGCGCAUGCGGAGGCACAGAUUGUUCCUGCAGAGGACUCAGGGCGGUCAGUGUGCGCCCCCACCCACUUCUGAGCGGGACGGGACAGUCAGAGACGUGCUGGGCUGCCCAGGGCCUCAGAUCCGAGCGCCUGCGAACCUACGCAAGCCUGGGGCUGUCGGAGGUCCUGCCCUGCGCCUCUCUGGAGGGUGUUGGGGUCACUGCCGUAAGGAGGCAGCUCGGGACCCCGAGGGCCACGCUGGUCCCACGGUCCCGCUGGCUGAAGUCGCUGGGGAGCCGAGAGCCGGCCUCCGCCAGGCCUCGCCUUCAGCGCUCCCCGCAUCCCGACCACCCGGCCACCAGUCCCCGCCACAGCGCUGCCCCCAGUUCCCAGACCAGGCCAGGCGCCUCCGCUUCCUCUCAGGGCACCUCCAAAUAACAGCGGCCGCCUCCCUCUCCCGCUCGGGUGCUCGAGUCCGUCCAGGUCAAAGCAAGGAGGGCGAAGAAUUCUCCCCAAUUUCCCUGGCCAGAGAUCUCUCCCCUCUCGGAGCGCAUGGAGAUGAGAGAGGCGAUGCGGCCGCUCCAGGGCGACACCGGGCACCGAAAGCUCGGCGUGGUGGGAGCGCCCGGAGCCAGGGCGCCCUCCCAGCCCCGACCCCGCGAGAGCGCACCGGGUCCCUCCCGAGGGGCAGAGAUCUCGUCUACCCCAGGGCACGGCCCGGGCGCAGGGGAAGCGAGCGCUCGGCCUGCUCCCCAGCCCUGGCCGGUGCCGCUCAGCCCGCUCAGCCCGCUCAGCCCCGGCUCCGGGAGCCACGUUCUGCGCGCCUGGCCGCCGCUCUGACCUUGGGGUCUCCGGCCUCGGGAAUCCGGGUCCCGGCCCCGGCCCCUCGGCGAGACUGCGCCAGCGCCGGCCCGGGCGUCCGGCCCGAAGCUCCCCACCCCCGGCCCUCGACAGCGCACGGGAAACCCGGAAGGAGAGGGGACCCGCGGCGCCACGGGGAACCCCGGCCCGGGUCACCUGCGCCUCCCGCCCCUCCCCCCGCCGGGACGGCGGCCGCGGGGGCCCCGGGGACGAAAGUUGGGCCGCGGCGGCCGCGGGGGCGCGGGGCGCCGCGGGGCCCCGGGGGCGGGGGCGCUCGCUCACCUGCCGGUCCCCGGCCCGCGCCCCGGGGUGGGCGGCUGCGGCGCGGCGCGGGCUGGCGCGGGCGCCGGGCUCCGGGCGGCGGGGGCGGGCUCAGCGGCCCCGGGGGCGCGAUCCCCGCAUCCCACGGCGCCGCCGCCGUCUCGGCUCCGCCGCUCGGCUCGGGCUCCCGGGCUCGGGCUGGGGGCGGGGUCGGGGGCGGGCCCCGCCUGGGCUCGGCCUGGGGCUCCCGGGCCCCGGGCUGGCUCCGCCCCAGAGCGACGCGCCCGCCCGCCCGCCCGGGGCUCCGCACGUGGCGCUGCGCCCGCCCGCCCGCCCGCCUCGCGGGGAGAGCCGCCCGGCCCCGGCGGGGCGCACGCCCGCCGCCCCGACCCCCGCUGGAGGCGGCCGCCCACGCGGACGCGGACGGACAGACACACGGACGCCUCGCCACGGAGAGCCACCCACGCAGACCUGGACAGGCACACGCCGACAGACGCCGGCACUCACGCCGCCGGAGCUGGAGUGCACAGACACGCCCCUCCUCUCUGCCUCGGGGACCCCACCCCAGGAACCCCAGUUAUCCACAGGCACGGCCUGACAUCCACGCUGAGACCCAGUGA